UUACACAAAUAAGGACAUCAUUUAUCUCUGUUUCUAACUACACAAAAAAUAAGAUUAACUUUAUUAAUGUAAUGUCCCACAUACAGUAUUUGAAAAUGUGGUCCUGCGUUCAUACAAAAACAUACAUUGGACAGUAGAACAAAGGAAUAAAAUGACAAAUAGAGUAUAAGAUCCAGAAAGUAUGUGAAUCAAUAAUUAGAUGAGAGUAUGUGCAUCAUCUUUUGAAGAUGGUCUAUGUUAAUAAUAACAAUAUGAUCCUCGUUACACUAUCAGAGCUGGUGAUUCAUUUCUAUCAGCACAAGACUAACUGUAUCUAUUCUCCCUUAGUCAUGUCUUCUGAUGUGUGUGUGUGUGUGUGUGUGUGUGUGUGAGAGAGAGAGAGAGCAUUACCUCCACCUGCUGUCUCUUCAGCACAGCUUAUGGAUUUACUGCCUGAGCAGCCAACAUUUGAAACAGAUGGUUUUAUAUCAAGAUUAUGAGGUUAUACAAUAGCUCUUAGUCAAACUAAGGAAGACCAACCUCUGUGUUUACUCCUGGUCACCACUUUAGUUGUUACUAGGGUCAUAUGCUUAAAAGAUGUACUGUCAACCCCCUGUUCUGAAUCAUCCUGCUGCCCUUACUUUGGUUUUGAGGAAAAUUGAGGGAAAACAUCAGUUCUUAGUCUCUCGCUUUCCAGAUUGAUCGCAAUGAAAGAAUGCGUGGACGUUGUCAGGCCCGCUGUGUGUCUUGCUCUGGUUCUGCAGUGCACAGCAGUACCGAUGGGAAAACUGAAGAACAAAUGAGCGAGCUGAUGACGUCAAUGUAGCGGCUGAGGGCGCUGGUUGGCGCAUUCCAUUCGCGCGCACCUGACAGCCCUUUUUCUGCGUGCGCUCAAGUGCGGCUCGGCCAGUGGAAACAAGCUGUACGUAAGGAGAGUGGACGCUGGAUGCUGCAGUACAUCGCUAAGUGCGUCUGAAAACAACCCUACAGUAUCCAGUGCAAGCCUGUCCUGCCGGAGGUGUUGUCAGUGGGGACUGCACGGCCUUAUUCGAGAGGAAAGGGGAAAACGUUUCUUUUUUGUCUCCCCCUCAGCCUUGAAAGGGAAUGCCAUCCAUAAACAUGAAACUGGAGAUGGUGACACUCAUCGCCUGCGAUGUGGACACCGAGGUGUUUACGUCCGACAAAAUGCAGGAGCGGUUUGAGGCUCUGUUCCGUAUAUACGACGAGCAAACGUCCUUCACGAUGUUCAAGAGCUUCAGACGGGUCCGAAUCAGCUUCAGUACCGCCGAAGCCGCCGCCCGGGCCCGCAUUGAGCUGCACGAGUCCGAGUUCAACGGGUCCCAACUCAAGCUUUACUUUGCACAGGUGCAGAACACAGGUGAGGAGGUAGAUAAGUCCUUCCUGGCACCCCCCCAACCAGUGAAACAGUUCCUCAUCUCCCCCCCUGCCUCGCCCCCGGGGGGCUGGGCGCAGAGUGAGGACGCCUCGCCCGUUAUCAACUAUGACCUGCUGUGCGCUGUCGCCACACUCGGACCAGGUGACAAGUAUGAGCUUCACGCUGGCACAGAGUCCACCCCCAGCGUGGUGGUGCACGUGUGUGACAGUGAGAACGAGAACGAGAACGAGAAGGAGGAUGAGGAUGCUCGGCCCAAGAUGAAGAUCGUCCAGACCCGACGCCCCGAAGGGCCUCCCAAAGUCUACAACUAAAAGCCCAUCCGCAAAAUCUCCACCCUUUUAUCUCUCUCUCUCUGUGUCUCUCUCUCAUGCAGAGAAAGACACCUUUCAUUUCAGUUUAAAACAACAACAACUUUAAAAAAAAAAAAGCAUACAAACAAACGAACGAACGAACUGCGGGCGAUGUUUGUGAAACACAACAUAUGAACGUAUGGACAGACGGACAGGCGGACAGAUGGGUGGGCAGUCUGAGGAUGCCUACAGUCAGAUGGGCUUCACACUGACUCACAAGCCCAUGGGAUUGUCCAUGACUCCCCCUCCACCCACCCACCUACCUACCCCCUAAAAAGGGCACCUCUCCUAUCAUCCUCUCAUUGAGUGUAGUCACAGUGUGUUUCUGUACUUAGAAGCCAUUAUUAGCAGUAGAUAAGGGUGUAGGGUUAGUUCUCUCACAGGUGUUUAAGUUAUCUGUACUUAAGAGCGUGGUCGCUUAAGACAGAGAUCACUAAUGCUUGAAACCAUCUGGUUUGUUGUUUUCAUUUUUUUCUUUUUUUUUUAAGUAAUUGUUAUUAUUAUUCCUACUACAAUUAUAAGUAUCUGUUGGUCAUGUUCUCUUUCAUAUCAGCUGUACUCAUGUGAUAACGCAGUGAGUCCAGAUGGUGGCCUGGAAUCAUGCUUCUGUAUGUGUGUGUUUAUGUAUAAUACUUACAAGACGAAACAAAAGAAGUUGUUCACACAAAAGAAGUUAUGGUCAGGCAGUAUGAUGCAGGCCGCCACUGGUGCAACUAAACUGAGGUGUUAAGGCUCUGAGCCUUUGCGAAUUUGGGGUGGGGUGGGGGGGGUCUUUUUAAAAAACAAACAAAAAAAACAAAAACGGAAGGGCGUUUGUACUGAACUAGAUGUGUAUUCUUACCAUGUAUUUGAUACCACAAACAUUUUUGCAUGCUAACUAAUGUAGUCAGGAGCUCAAGUGUUUUUUACUGAUCACGACUUACAGGGAUCCAGAGAGACAGUUUUUGACGCUGACGUUCAUAUCCGCGAGUCCAGCCUGACGGCAGGGAGGGACACGUAAAGUUUCAGACAGCAGAGCGCAGCUCUUGUAUGAACGGUGGCACUGUGUCAAGCAUGGCCCUCCGGCAACGGUUAACCUCUACAUGGGCGUGAGUAGGACGCUGAGGUUUGUGUUUGUUUAAAGUAAAAUAUAAUGCAAAAAAAAGUGUGUUUGUUCUGAACUUUAAUUUUUUACUCUUAUUAUUAUGAUUAUUAUGAUUAAUCCUGUGCUCAUCAUAAAUGCUUGGGUGUUUUUGUGAUUGGCUUGCUUAAAGUGUGUUUUCUGUGGCCUGCUGCUGCUCGUCUUUGCACUGAAACUCACUUGAUUGUUUUUGACUUGGAGUCUUUUGCUUUUUUGCUCUCUUCCGCGGGCCUGGUGACUGCUGGCUGCUUCCCUCUGCUGUAGAUAGUUCAGUAAUUAGUAGUAGGGCUUUCUGUAGACAGUGGAGAUGCAAACCUUUACAAUCCCAUCCGCUUUGUGUGAUGAACCUUACAAGCUUUUUUGAGCUCCAUACCAAUGCCUCCCUCACGCACAAAAUUCACAGCUAGGCCCAUAGUAACCAAGGAACAAAAAGGGACAGCCUAUUUACCAGAAAAAGGCUUUUUGUUUUUAUUUUACAAUCACACUACAAACACAAGAAAAUGUACUUCAACGAUGCAUAUAAGGGACUGUCAACUUCAUGUGUUAAUCUGAUUUCUCAAGUUAAGAUUUGUAUUGAGUCUAUUCACUGUGGAUACAAAACACCCCAUUCAGGUUUACUUCUCGUUGAAUCAGAUGUUACUUCUGCAAAAUGCAUUUUGUCCUCAUAGGCCCACUGAAGGACUAAUACACAAGGUCCAUUUGCGAUUACUGUGAUAAGCCCAGCUUUUGCACACCAUGGCCGAUUGGCAUGUAGUAGCAAGUUUCAAGUCAAUCCUACUCAACUCAUUCAUAGCAAGUCUUUGAAAAACGAGUUUGAGCCUUUGUCAGGAAGCCAAACUGUGUUGGGAAAAAAGCAUGGGAAGGGACGAAAGCGCUAACUGGAUUUAGCCAAAAAGUCUCGGCACAUGCUAGCACUUUAUAACUGUCCUGUCAUCCAUCUCACCACCUGCUGUGUCAGUAGACUGUGGGUAGGCGGAUUUCUUUUUUUCUUUUAUUCUUCCUUUUCUUUUUCUUUCAAAAAUGUACACCUGGGUAGCCUUCACCAGCAUGGCAGUGGGAGUGUGAUGCUCACUUUUUUACCAUAUUUCAUUUUUUUAUACUGUCUCAAUGGGGGAGUUUGUGAAGCGUCUCGCCUCAGAGUGCAGCUGAGAGGCAAACAUGGGUCUCCUUGGGGAAAAGGUUCGUUGCACAAGCACAGCGAGCUGUGAGACCGUCAGUUGAGCCCCCGAAAAUACCUUUUUUAUUUUCUUUUUUUUAUUUUCUUUUUACGUCAGUUUGUCCUUGCAAAAAAAAGAAAAGAAUAAAUGUUUGAAAAAAACUAGCAGACUUCAAAAACCAGGAAGCGUUGAGCAGAAAAGACAGUCGGACUAAUGAUGACAGAUGGUUUCGGUGUGCUGUUCUGGAACAGUCUUGAUGAGGCUGCUGUUGUUUGUACCUACCUGUUGUCUGGGUUGUCAUUUCUGUCACAGUGAAAGGGUGUAUGUAAUUCUGUAUAUAUGCCAAGCAUUGCAUAACAAAUGUCAGCUCAUUUCAAGUUCUCUGUAAAUGACGAUUAAAAGAAGAUACAAAAAAAAGAAAAUAUGCUGGUUUAAUUCCAACUUCAUAGUGUUGUGAUUAAUAUGGACUCAGUUUGUUUUUACAGAAGUCUACAAAAGCUCAAUUCUGUCACUGUUGUACUGUUCUGUUGAUAUAUAAAAUUGUGUGUCUUGUACCGUAGUUAACCAGAAAACAAUGUAGCAAUCAAGCAAUAAUUUACCGUUUAUCUAUCUGUGUCUCCUAUAUGAGAUGUAUUAAUUUCCAGAGUUAUUUUCUCUGACUGUUAUGGCUUAUGUUUGUGUAGGUAUGAUUGCCAUUUGUUUCACAUAGAAAUACAUAAAAUGAAAUUAUUCCUAUAAA